UCUGCGCUUCGGACCACAGCUGCCCGGGCGCCCAGAGCUGCUGCCGGACCGGCUGCGGACGGCAGGGCCACCGGCCCGUGGGAGCCCUCCGCGGCUACUGUCCCCGACGGAGCCCCUCCGGCCGCCACCCGCUCCUCUGCCUGGCCAGCUGCCGGCGGGACUCGGACUGCGCCCUCCGCUUCCCCGGGAGGAAGUGCUGCCAGGACGGCUGCCACGAGUCCUGCGUGGCGCCCGUGGAAGAGCACCCGGGCGUCUGUCCCAAGAUGCCUGUCCUGCAGACCCUGGUGCCUUGCAACCACACCUGCAUCGACGACCAACAGUGCCUCCCGGAAGAGAAAUGCUGCUUCGACAGCUGUGGCCAAGUCUGCCUGACGCCAGAGUGCCACUCGCGAUGCCAGCUGCCCCCGGAGCCAGGACCCUGCCGGGAGCUGCACCCACGCUACUACUACAGCUCCAGGCACGGGCACUGCCGGUUCUUCAUGUACAUCGGUUGCCCAGGCAACGCCAACAACUGCAGGGGCAGAGCCGAGUGUGAGAGAGCCUGUGGCAGGAGCCGGCCAGACCCCCUCUUCGACUGAGACCCCGGACUGGCUAGGAUGUCUCCAGGACAGGAGGAGGACGGACACACGGCCGGCGGUGCUGCACCCCAGGCCUCAGGACUCCUUGGGAAGCAGCUGGUGUCUCCC